AUGUCGUCAGGAAACACUCCAUCCCAACACGAAUCAACAUUAGCUAUUUCUCCUUUGGUAACAAACAGAGGCAGAUCUCAACCAGAAUCAAGGCGAGUAUCGAUGGCAUCGUCUUCGUUCAGAGCGGGAACAGGAGCUGGAGUGGCUGGAGUUGCAGCCCAAACUCCACGUCAUCCGUUAAAUAAUAGUCCAUUGGUACAGAAAGCAGCUCAUCUGGGAACACCAUACGUAACGGACGGUGCACCUACUACUGGGCUGCUUGUGUCAAUGUCGAAGAGCGGGCUGUUCGGUCCGACGGUUCCAUCAACAUUGAGGAAGGUUAGUAAUAUGCGUGAAUAUUCCAAUGGUAGUGAGAAUAACGGUGGAGAUGACGGUGAUAAUGAACAGUUUGGGAUUAACAUAUCGGAGUUAUCGGCAGCAGAGAAACUACGAUUGUGGCGACACGAUGCACUUAUGCAACAUCAUUAUAGAACGGCAGAAUAUAUUGGUGACAAGGUAUAUUCCAUGACACACGAUCCCAACGAUGCAUUUUGGUUGGCUCAGGUAUACUAUAAUAUGGGUCAAUACAUACGGGCGGUACAGUUGCUUUCACGAGAUGGAUUAGAUGCGUCCAGUGUUAUGUGCCGAUACCUUACUGCGUUGUGCUUAGUUAAGAUGGAGAAAUACGAUGAUGCAUUAGAUAUAGUUGGCGAGACAAAUCCGUUCAAGGACGAUAGUGCAGAGCACGUAAAAAACCAGGAUGGUGGCAUCAAGUUGGAGUCCUCGUUGUGCUUCUUAAGAGGGGAGAUAUAUUCUGCGCAGAAUAAUUUAGAGUUUGCCAAAGAAUGCUUCAAGGAAGCUGUUCAAGUGGACGUUAAGAAUUUUGAAGCUUUUAAUCAUUUGAUAUCCAAUAAUAUGCUAACUCUUGAGGAGGAGAAAGAAUUUAUAUCUUCGUUGGACUUUUCAGAUCUUGACGACAAUCAAGAGUUAGUGAAAUGCCUAUAUGCCACCAAAUUGUCCAAGUACGGAGAUUUAACAAAGUUAAGAGCUGCGCAGAAGAUUUUGGUAGAUGAAUAUCAUCUAGACGACAACAAAGAUAUACAAACUACCGAAAUAGAGUUACUAAUAUUUCAGGGCAAGUACCUUGAAUGCCUAGAACUUUGUGAAAAUGUACUAGAAUACGACGAAUUUAACUUUGAUGUUUUACCCACAUAUGUUCAAUGUUUGUAUGAAUUGGGAGGGAAGAAUAAACUAUUCUUGGUAUCUCACAAGUUGGCAGAGAGUUUUCCGAAGAGUUCAAUUACAUGGUUUGCCGUUGGAACUUAUUAUUUCGCAAUUAAUAAUAUAUCUGAAGCGCGUAAGUAUUUUUCCAAAGCGUCUGUUUUGGAUCCAAAUUUUGGGUAUGCAUGGUUAGGUUUUGCACAUACGUUUGCUGUAGAAGGUGAACACGAACAAGCUUUGUCUGCAUAUUCCACAGCUGCACGAUUUUUCCCGGGGACACACUUACCCCAUUUAUACCUAGGCAUGCAGUAUUCUCGAAUGGAUACAUUAACCCUUGCUGAGGCGUAUUUUAUGAUGGCUUAUAAUAUAUGUCCGACAGACCCUCUACUAUUAAAUGAACUCGGUGUCGUGUACUUUAAAAAGAUGGAUUAUCCCAGAGCUAAGAAGUUCUUUAAGCGAGCAUGUGAAGCAAUCAAUACUCAGCAGUCAGAUGCCUCAUCUGUUGCCAUUUCAACCUACCUCAAUUUGGGCCACACCUAUAGAAAAUUAGAUGAGGACGAACGAGCCCUACAUUGUUUCAAAACUGUCCUCGAAAGGUGGAAACCGUCCGCAAACGUCUGGUGCGCACUGGCAACAGUAUAUUUAAAGAUGAAGAAGUUACAAAAAGCUAUAGACGCUUUGCAUUCCGUACUGGCUAUGGAUCCGAAUCAUCAAACAGGGCAGCAAUUACUCAAGAUAGCGUUAGAUGUUAAUGUUCACCUGCCAUUAGACAAUGGCCAUCCCUUGAUGGUGAGUGCCAAAAUAAACGAAAGUAGGACGUUAGGUCCGAACGACAAAAAACGCUCUCUGGGAGCCAUUGAUCCUGUAGUAAUAGCAAAACGCUUAAAACAGGGAAGCGCAUCCUCCGACGAAGGCGAUCUGAUGGAUAUAGAAUAA